CCCUACCCAUAUCACCAUGAAUAUCACCAGAAAUCCUAAGCCUCAUCAGCUUUUGGAUUCUCUCCAAGGAGAAAGAUUUUCAUGAAACGGGAAGCAAAAGCUUUUCCUUAUGAUAAACCCAAAGCUGUACUCUUCCACAAGUCAGUGAAGUCACCUCAACGUCCUACCCAUAUCACCAUGAAUAUCACCAGAAACACUAUGCCUCAUAAGCUUUUGGAUUCUCUCCAAGGCCAAGAUCCAAAAACCUACUGCAUUUUCCACUCUCUCUUUCAAGUUUCCAGAAUGGAAGAAGAGAAACCCUCAACAGAGCUAACCCUAGCCGCUACUUCCAGUGCACCUCAGUCUCAGUGCCCACCGGAAGAUAUAGUUUGGACAACUUUGACUUUGGGGCUUCCAUCUUCAACCUCCGAGAAGAGAGAAGCAGUGGAUCAAAACCCUGCUCCUUCCAUGAAAAAGGGCCCUUGGGAGAUCAAGAAGAGGUUGACCACAAGCGACCUUGGAAACCGGUGCAAGCUUUUGGCCAGAAGUUUGGAGAAACAUGUUAUGCCCUGCUUGGAUGAGGAGUUUGGACAAAGGGUUUCGAGCAGAGAGGGUGCAAGGGUUAUAGUUUACGAUUGCGAUACAAAUUCCAACCAUCAACUGAUUCUCAAGUAUUACAAGAGCUCCGACAGUUAUGUUUUCGGUAGAAAGUGGGGGAAGUUUGUGAGGAGAAGAGACUUGAACAUGGGUGACGAAAUUGGGCUCAGCUGGGAUGUUCUCAACUCCAGGUUCUUGUUUUCGGUUCUUCAACGGGCAAACCAACAACCUGCUAGCUCUUCAUCGAAUUCAAGAACGAAGCAUAAAUGAAAUUUUAACUAAUUAAUCCUCUUGUUUUCAAGUUUAGUGAACUUACUAAUGAAUAUUUUUCUUUCCCUGACUACCUUCCAACUCUUUUCUCAAC